AUGAAGGGAGGUUUGCAGAUCCAGGUGAAAUGCUUGCUUCUUUUGAAUGCUGUGACCAUCACGGCCUCGGCCAUGCAGACAGUGAGCUUGGUCGACGUCUGUGGCCAGAGCCUCCAGGGGGACGGGAUGGUGUUGACUUCCCACCGAGCUUCCCGCCAGUACUAUGUGGUCCCUGGCACCGACUGCCAGGUUACUCUGCAGGCCGCCUCCCCCCAAGACAAGGUGCUCUUCCACUUCCGCUUCUUCCUGGUGUACAGCUUGUUGCCUCCCCCAAGGGAGCAGGAAACCCAGGACCCCUGUGCCACGUGCUCCUAUGUGCAGCUGUAUGAUGGCCGGGAACCGCUCCGCCGACCGCUGGGAGCCCCGCUAUGUGGGAAGAGCAUCCCCAGGCCCGUCCUCUCCACUGGCAACUUCUUGCCGUUGCGGCUUGUGACCCGUGGCCAGCAACCCCGGGUGGACUUUGUGGGCGGCUUCACCUCCCUCCGAAUCGGUAAUGAAAAAGCGUAUUUCCCCUGUCGCAACGGCAGAUGCAUCCGCAGCUUGGUGUGUGACAGCAGCAAUAUUGAUAACUGUGGGGACGGCUCAGACCAAGCUGUCCAGCCCCCGGCCCAGUGCAAAGCCCCCCUGCCGGCCAAGGCCUCUGUUGCGGUUAGUGCUCUGCCAAGGCAGGUGACCUGCGUGGGACCCCAGAAGAGCCCUCGGCCCUCCUCAGAUGCUGCCAGCUACGGCAAAGCAGGUACCUGUCUCCUGGGCCUGGCGGGAGAGCGAGCGGUGGGGGAGGGGACCACUGCACUCACUGGCGUGCGCCCCGUGUCUCCCCCUGCAGACAAGCUCCAGCCCCUCUUUGCCUCACUGGCUGCUGCUGUGGGGGCGGCCCUCCUGUACUGGUGCUGCUGGAACCCGGGCUUCUUCCUUUGGAGAGUUGGGGCAUGCAGGUUCCUGCCCUCCUGCAAUGCCGCUUGUGCUGCCUGCCAUCUUUGCACCCAGAGCUGUGCCCACCGGAAGCCCACCAAAGUGACCCCGGAUGCCAGUGCUGACUUGCCCGUGUGA